AUGGCUUUCAGCUUCGGAAACCAAGGGAAUGCCAUGCUUGGAAGCACGGCUGGGGGCGGAGGACUGAGCCAAGGCCCCGAGCUGGAGGUGAUCCAGACCGAGGCGCUUGGUUUCAAGUCGAUUGCCAGCGACGCGAAGCUCCGGCUUACCUCUGCGUGGUCUCCCCCACCCGCCGAUACGGCCUCGCUCAUUAGCAUCGCCGUCCGCCGCGGCCUCGUCGCCGCGGCAGGCCCCGAUGGCAUCACGAUCGCGUCGACCGAAUCCGUACGCAAGGGCUUCGAGACCGAGAAGGAGGGCGACUCCGACGUCCGCGCUUUCGAACCUCAGGGCAAGCUGCCCAUGCCCAUGAGGGUUUCGCAGCUCGCUUUCAGCGCCGACGAGAACUACCUGAUCCUUUCCGCCGAGAGCGGGGGCGGGCUCGCUGUCUACGAGGUAAAUAGCCUGCUCCAGGGCGGUACAAAGGCUGCGUUCGAGCUUGCGACGAACGGCGAAACGUUGAGGACUCUUAUUCCGAACCCCACAAUCGAGAAGGCGGAACUGUGCGCCAUUGUAACGAACAAUGGCAACCUGCACAUCGCGAACCUGAAGGAAAGGCAACUCAGCAAUUCGCUCAGGGCGCAAGUGAGCUGUAUAAGCUGGAGCACGAAGGGAAAGCAGCUGGUAGCGGGCUUGGCGGAUGGCACCAUCCUCCAGAUGACCCCCGAGGGCGAAGGAAAGGGCGAGAUCCCACGGCCACCGAACGUGGCCAACGCUCACGUCUCUUCUCUGAGUUGGUUGGAGAACCACCUCUUCCUCGCGAUUCAUACUUCAACGUCCGAAUCCCCUCCCACUUCAGUUUACCACAUCAUUACAAGAAAGAUGCCGUCAGAUUUUACUUUCCAAAAACUUACCGACCCUGUCGACGCCUUUGGCGCCGAGAAGACCCCUCACCACUCAAUACUGAGACUGAAGGACUUCCCCCCCAACCUGCAGGACCUCCUGAUUGUGGCGUCUACCGCCUCGCCAGACAUUGGCCUCCUGAGCAGGGCCAAAUCGCCUUUGACAGCUGACCACCCAGUAGACACUGCCGGCGUCUUUACCACAACAGAGUUAGCGGAUGACUCUAAACGCGCCUCUCUUCCCAUGAAUGAGAGCUUCGACACAACCUUUCCUAUCGGUGUCGCCCUCGAUCUCUCGAGCAAGGAUAAGGUUUACAAACCCCUCCCUGCAGAUGAAGAGAUUGAGGACUCUCCUGGCCCGCUGCCAGGCCUGUGGGUGCUGAACAACGAAGGCGUGUUAAGCGCAUGGUGGAUCGUGUAUGAAGAAUCCAUCAGGCAAGGCAUGACUUAUCCCGGCAUGGCCGCACUCGACACUUCUGCGCCACCUGUGGUAGCCUCGUUAACACCGGCACCAGCAGCGGGCGCAUCCGCCUCAGACAAGCCAGCCUUCGGUACCCCUUCAAGCACGCCGGCAUUUGGCUCAACUUCUUCUCUAGGCUCGGCACAGAAGCCCUCACCCUUCAGUGCCAGUGGGUCUAAGAUACCCACAUUUGGCGGCUCUUCAACGCUCGGUGCGAAGGUUUCACCUUGGGGAAGUGGCACCACCCAAAGUUCCACCACGCCUGCAGCUUCUACCGGUUCCGCCUUCGGCAGCGGUGCCUUUGGUGGCACCUCAGCAGCAUCCGGCUCUGGGUUUAGCCAGUCAUCUGCCCCUAAGUCAGUAUUUGGCAGCGGCGGCGCGUUUGGGAGCCCCUCUGUCUCUUCCUCAAGCCCUGCGUUCGGCCAACCGUCAUCGAUUGGCUUUGGUCAGUCGUCGGCACUCGGGCAAAAAUCAUCACCGUGGGCAUCAGGGGGUGCAUCUAGCUCAACUGCGGUUGCGUCACCGGUGUUCGGCCAAUCCAGCUUCGGCAGUCUUGGCAAUUCUGGCGCAAGGAGCCCCUUUGGUGGCGCAUCCGACUCGACCCCUAAGGCUACUCCAGCUUCUGGAGGAUUCGCCAGCUUUGCCAAAUCUAGCGGAUUUGCUUCGCUUGGUAACAAGAGCAACGAGGGUGGAAGCGUGUUCUCAAGCAAGCCCUCGUCAAGUCCCUUUGGCACAGGUGCUCAGCCGUCUACGACCUCAAAAGAGACUGCCUUCCCCCCGCCAAGUUCGAGUGGCCCUGCGACUAGCAAUCCGUUUAGCCAGCCGUUCAAGCUGGGAACCACCUUCAAAGCCGACCCCUCUGCGAAUGACGAUGAUGAAAAACCCUCUACCCCUGGUGCUGGUGGAUCGUCCCUCUUCGGCAGCAACUUUGGUUCUGCUCUCGGAGAUGCAGAGAAGAAGACUCCUCCCAGGGACCAGGGAACGGACACGACGGAUGAGACACCUAAGGCGAAGUCGAUCUUCAGUAUCGGUCAAUCGACCACCCCUACAACAACUCCUGCACCCUCCAAAUUUGGCUUCCCGUCAGCGACUAUCACAACGUCGGCCCCAAAGAGUGGUUUGUUCGGCUUCCCAUCGCAACCAGCCACUGGGGGUCUAUUCGGCUCCGCAAGGUCCGCCGAGAAGACGACAGACAUAAAGAUCGAAUCCGAACAGAAGUCUCUAAGUGACGCUCCUCUGCCCCCUGAAUCAACAAGCAAGAAUGAGUAUCCGCUAGGAGAAUCUUCGUCUUCCUCGGGCACAGGCAAUGCUCCUUCAGAUGGCGGAAGUAAGCCUUCCCCCAAGGUGGACAAUGCACCUCUGCCUCCCGAUUUUCUAUCGAUGCCAAAGGCCAAAACGCAAGAAGCCGCAGCCGCACCGCUGACUUCCAGCUUCCUCGGGCCUUCCAAGCCUCAGGGAAGCACCACCCCAGUCGAUGAGGCACCGCUUCCACCCGACUUCCUUACGCCCAAGCCAGGCAAAGCUGCAGAGUCCACCACACCUUCUGAGGCGCUACCGUUGCCAGCGGAUGAUAACUCCAGGUCUUCUGCGGAGCCGGAGCUGGGGCCGGAAAGGCCCAAAUCAACGGCGCCGGCCACUGCUCCUGACUUCUUGAAGAUGCCCAAGCAGUCACUUUCGUCAGCAACCUGGUCGUCUACGCCGCGGGGAAACACUCCUGCAGUUGAUGACGCCCCAUUGCCUCCGGACUUCUUGUCCAAGCCUAAGGAAAAUGCCCUGCCUCCCAUUCCGACUAUCCCUGAGAGUGAACACGGCAGUGAUCUUGAGGACGAAGACGAAGAGGACAAUGACGGUUCUGAAGGCAGCGGCGUGAUGGUCUCCAAGGACCUCAGUCCAUCUAUGACGGCAAUGACGCCUACAGCUGGCAUGACCCCGCAGAGCUCAUUCGGUGGGGUGAGCAGCAGCACCUACUCCAUUCCACGCACCGAGGAGGAGAGGCCACGAGCAUCACUGUUUGGCGACCUCAGCCGCAAUGCUCCCAUGUUCCCUCGCCCCUCGCAAACCAGUCCUCGUUCUCCCAGUCCGGUCAGAGGGGGUGCUGUACCAGGACGCAUGCUGCGUCAGGAGUCGGCUCGUUCGGUUAGCGCCCCAGGCAUGGCAUCCCAGAUCCUUGCGGCACAGAAGAAGCAGCCUUCUCAGAUGGGCUCGUCGAUUAUUAGCAAUAAGCCUGCCGAAGACCACUUCAUCUCUCAGCAGAGAAUUGCGCGUCAGAGACGUCAGGCAGAAGAGACCAAAACGCUGGAGGACGAAGAGGACGACGAGAUUCAGAAGAUUCUUGCGUCCAAGAUUGAGCCAUCACUCAAGUUGGACGACUUCAUUGCACAUUCCAACGUGGUACCAUCGGCCAAAGAGACUAUCCCAGCCCAGGUUGAAGCUGUGUACCGUGACAUCAAUUCGAUGAUUGAUACACUUGGUCUGAAUGCCCGCUCUCUGGCCAGCUUCCUCAUGGGACACGAUAUUGGCUUCAAGGCGGGCGGUCGACACAAGGAAGACCUCGAGGACCCCGACAGCUGGGUUCUUUCUGAGAUUGACGAACUUGGGGAAGUUAUUGACAGAUCAUUGGCCCAAGAUCUCGAGGAAGGACGUGUCCACGAUGUUGAGGAGAAGCUUGAGGCUUGCAACGAACUUGCCCGUGAGAUGUCUCGCCUCCGCUCGAAGCAAGACGACCUGAAGAAGAUAAUCAUGGUCAAGACGGACCCGGAACAGGCCGACCUCAACCGCACACUGCCUCUGAGCGCCGAACAAGCCAGCCAGCAGAAUGAACUGCGCCGCGAAUACACAAACUUCACGAAGCUGCUUGCCGAAGCCGAGGAGGCGCUGACGAUUCUCAAGACAAGGAUCGCCGCCACAAGCAGUGCGUCUGGCAAGGGCAAUUCCAACAUGCCUACUGUUGAAGCCGUCAUGCGCACCAUCAGCAAGAUGACGAGCAUGGUGGAGAAACGUUCCGGCGAUAUUGACGUCCUGGAAAACCAAAUGCGCAAACUCCGGCUCUCGUCUGUCAACAGCCGAGAGGGCUCGCCGAUGGUCACGCCUCAAAGGAAUAGCCGCUCUACCAUGUUCUCGCCCGAACGAACGGCCAUGGCCUCGCCCGGCACCCUGCGCCACUCCUUCAUGUCGUCCAUGGCCUCGUACGGCGGCCGUGCCACGCCGCCCCGCAAGAAGUUGAGCGGGUUUAGCGCAGAAGAGAAGUCGGAUCUGAUGGCGAAGCGAGCUAAGCGCCAGGCCGUGCUAAACAAGCUCAAGGCCAACGUCGAGCGGACAGGUGUGAGCGUGUGGGCAAUGGAGGACAUUGAAUGA